CCCACAGCGAGGAUGGGAUGGGCACGACCACAGGGAUGAUUCAGGAGUAAACACAUUCGCCUGCAAUUACAAGAGAGGGAAAAGAGCAGAGCUGAGUUCAUUGCCCCGGGACAUAAUGUUUGGAAACAGACGGGUGCAUGAGUGUGUCCCAGUGUGUGUGUGUGUGUCAGUGACAGAUAAAAACACAGAGUCCUGCCUCUCUGACAGAUCACAGCCAAACAGACUUGUGGCACGGAGCGGCUUUCACCUGGAGGAUCCAUCCCAGACAUGAAGCUGUGUCUUUGGCCUGGAGCCGUCCUGCACGUCCUGCUUCUACUGGCAGCCCUGACUGUGGAAGCGGAGCAGCUGGGAUCCAGAGAGAGACACUAUUAUAUCGCUGCUGUAGAGAUAGACUGGAACUAUUCUGGCUAUGACACCAACAGAAGAGAUUCCACCUACAAGAAAGUGGUUUUUAGAGAAUAUGAGAAAGACUUCCGGCAGGCUAAAGCUCAUCCCUCCUGGUUAGGUCUGCUGGGCCCCACGCUGAGGGCCGAGGUGGGGGAGACCAUCGUGGUCACUUUCAGAAACAUGGCAAACGGAGCGUACAGCAUCCACCCACACGGGGUGACUUACGGGAAGCGGUCAGAGGGAGCUAACUACUUUGACAACACUUCACAGAGAGAGAAAGAGGACGACAUCGUGCAACCUAACAGGGAACAUGUUUACUACUGGGAGGUGACUCAGGAAGUGUCCCCGCUGCCCGAUGAUCCCAACUGUCUCACCUACACCUACAUCUCCCACCGAAACGUGGUGCAGGACUACAACUCUGGCCUCAUUGGUGCCUUGCUCAUCUGUAAACCUGGCACCUUGGAUGAGCUGGGGGAGCAGGCUGGCCUUCACAGGGAGUUAGUUCUUCUCUUUGGAGUUUUUGAUGAGAAAGAAAGUUUGUUCAGCCCAAACGGACCUUCUCCAGAUGACCACGUCAAAUACACCAUCAACGGAUACACAGAGGGAGCCUUACCUGAUAUAAGCCUGUGUUCUCACGCCUCUGUAAGCCUGCACCUGGUAGGCAUGAGCUCAGAACCAGAGGUGUUCUCCGUUCACAUGAAUGGCCAAGUCCUGACCCAGAGUGGCCACAAAGUGUCGUCAGUGGGGCUCAUCAGCGGCUCCUGCGCCACCGCCAGCCUUGUUGCCCCCCAUGCAGGCCGCUGGCUGCUUUCCUCUCACACCUUCAAACACAGGGAAGCUGGCAUGCAUGCCUUCGUGGAUGUGAAGAAGUGCGAAGAAUUCAAGGGACCUUCGAGGAGGUUGACGAUCUUACAAAGGCGACUAAGCAAAGAGUGGAAAUAUUACAUUGCUGCAGAAGAAAUAGUCUGGGAUUAUUCCAACAGCAUGAGAGAGAAAUCUGAUGAAGACUUCAAGCUCCAGAACAUCAGACAUUCAGCAAACUGUAUUGGGGAAAAGUACAAGAAGGUGGUGUACACGCUCUACAAAAAUGAAUCAUUCACCGAAAAGUCAGAAAAUAAGCAACGGAGGACUGAGCUGGGCAUCCUGGGUCCGGUUAUCAGAGCGCAGAUCAGAGACGUGAUCACGAUUGUUUUUAAGAAUUUGGCCUCAAGGCCUUAUAGUAUCUACCCACAUGGCCUGACUGUGGAAAAGUCAGAGGAGGGAGUGAACUAUCCAGAGGGAGGAAACCAAUCUCACGCCGUUCAGCCUGGUGAAACACGCACCUACGUGUGGAAAGUACUCGAGGAGAAUGAACCGUUGGAAGCCGAUCCUCGAUGUCUGACACGGAUGUACCACAGUGCUGUGGACGCACCGCGGGACAUCUCGUCAGGACUGAUAGGACCCAUCCUUAUCUGCAAGAGUCAGUCUCUGGAUGUCAGGAAUGUACAGCUGAGAGCAGACAAGGAACAGCACGCUGUGUUUUCCGUGUUUGAUGAAAACAAGAGCUGGUAUCUGGAAGACAACAUUCGGCAUUAUUGCGAUCGAUCCAAAGUCAACAAAGCCGACCCAGACUUUUACAAGUCCAACGUUAUGCACACAAUAAAUGGUUAUGCCUUUAAGAGUGGCCCUGUUUUGGGCUUUUGCAAUGGUGAGGUGGCAACCUGGCAUGUGUCUAGCAUUGGAGCACAGGACAGCAUUCAGACGGCCACUUUCUAUGGCCAUCCUUUCGAGCUGAAUCAAAGGACAGAGGACUUUCUCAGCCUCUAUCCAAUGACUGGUGAGACCAUCAAAAUUACAAUGGACAACAUAGGUGUCUGGCUUUUGGCAUCAUUGAAUGAGCAAGAAAAAACAAAAGGAAUGGGUGUGAAGUUUCAAGAUGUUGAAUGCUAUCGGGAUCUUGAAUAUGAUUUUCCAGACAAAGAUGCAGACUUCGGUGGUGCAUUUAAUGGAUGGAAGCUUCCCAGUUAUGAUGAAAUUAAAAAGGAGGAAAAAUCUAAACCUCAACCUGUGAAACCACUGGAGAUAGAUCCCAUGACAGAAAUGUUUGCAGAGGAGUUGGGCCUGCGCUCGCUGAGGAACCAGUCCGGUAACUCAGAUGUGGAGAUAUUAGAUUUAAGCUUUUUGGACUAUGAUGCAGUUGAUGUUCCUCCUGUGAACGAGCAUACUAUUACAGAUCUGAAGGCAAAAAAUAAUGAAACUGAAUCAUUUUCAAAUCAGAACGCAAUAAAUCAUACCAAACCAAAAGAGGUAGAUGAUCAAAAUAUUGCAGAACCCUACUUGCAGAACAGCAGCAUCAGUACGAAUACAACACAUGCCAAGCAAAAUUUUACUCAAUCAUUCACUGACUACAGCUCAACUGUUUCAUUUCACCAAGGUGUUUUACAGAGCAACAAAAGCACAGCAUCAACAAACAACACUUUCCCUGUAGUUCGACCCAAUCCCAAUAAUAACUCUGCUAAGGAUACUGGCAUAAUGAACUCAACAGUUCUUAAUGCUUCAGGUUCAGCAGUUCUCAAGGACCCAAAAAUUCUAACAGUGGUAACACAACCUGCAGACAAUCAAUCCACAAUGGUACUAGAGGCUACCAAUAAAACUGUACAAACAAAAGACAAUAGUGAACUUACGAAAAUACUGUCAGGAAAUUUAACUUCAAAGGGUAAAACAACAGAAUCAAAUUAUGCUGCCAAUAGCAACACGUCUUUGGACAUAUUCCUGCCUGAAGAGUCUGAGGAACAACUCCUCCGGGGUGAUGUGUUCUUCUACAGUGGACCUGUGUCUGAUACCAGCAUUGACCCCACCAGCCAUCCCUCUAAUGCCAACCCAACCGUCAGUCCCUCUAAUGCCGAACCAACCGUCAGUCCCUCUAAUGCUGACCCAACCGUCAGUCCCUCUAAUGCAGACCCAACCGUCAGUCCCUCUAAUGCUGACCCAACCGUCAGUCCCUAUAAUGCUGACCCAACCGUCAGUCCCUCUAAUGCAGACCCAACCGUCAGUCCCUCUAAUGCUGACCCAACCGUCAGUCCCUCUAAUGCAGACCCAACCGUCAGUCCCUCUAAUGCUGACCCAACCGUCAGUCCCUAUAAUGCUGACCCAACCGUCAGUCCCUCUAAUGCAGACCCAACCGUCAGUCCCUCUAAAGCCAACCUAACCGGCCAUCCCUGUAAUGCCAAACCAACCACCAGUCCCUCUAACGCCGACCCAACCGUCAGUCCCUCUAAUGCCGACCCAACCGUCAGUCCCUCUAAUGCUGACCCAACCACCAGUCCCUCUAAUACCGACCCAACCUGCCAUCCCUGUAAUGCCAAACCAGCCACCAGUCCCUCUAAUGCAAACCCAACCGUCAGUCCCUCUAAUGCCGACCCAACCGACCAUCCCUGUAAUGCCGACCCAACCAUCAGUCCAUCUAAUGCCGACCCAACUGUCAGUCCCUCUAAUGCCGACCCAACCGUCAGUCCCUCUAAUGCCAACCCAACCAGCCGUCCCUCUAAUGCCGACCCAACCGUCAGUCCCUCUAAUGCCGACCCAACCGUCAGUCCCUCUAAUGCCGACCCAACCUUCAGUCCCUCUAAUGCUGACCCAACCGUCAGUCCCUCUAAUGCCGACCCAACCGUCAGUCCCUCUAAUGCCGACCCAACCGUCAGUCCCUCUAAUGCUGACCCGACCGUCAGUCCCUCUAAUGCCAACCCAACCGUCAGUCCCUCUAAUGCAGACCCAACCGUCAGUCCCUCUAAUGCCGACCCAACCGUCAGUCCCUCUAAUGCUGACCCAACCACCAGUCCCUCUAAUGCCGACCCAACCGGCAGUCUCUCUAAUGCCAACCUAAACAAAAGUCUGUCUAACAUCACUAUACCACAGAAUUUGACAAGUAUGGAUGACCAUAACACAACGACAAAUAAUAGAAAUGCAACAGCUGUUGGAAAAAACCAAUCAUUGUCCCGCCAAGUAAUAGAGGCUUCCACGAAAAAAUACUUUGAUAAUAAGGAGCCUCGAACGACCCCACCGCCCGUAAAAUACAAAAAACUGAAUCUAAGAAAAAUACCCAAUAAAGGCGAAGGCAUGAAAACAAGGAGGAGGAAGGAAUACAAACCUCAGGCCAGAAGUGGUUUACCUUUUUCCCCCCGAGGAUUUCAUCCAGGGCUGAGCCCCAGAGGGGCACGGCCCAAUGUACCACAGCCUGUUACAAAUGAGGAGCUAUUGAUUAACACGCCUGUGGUUAUUGGUGUGCCGCGACCUGAUUUCAGUGACUAUCAGCUCUAUGUUCCUGGAGAUGAACCAGAUCAUCUUGAGAUUGAUGAACAAGAUGUAACAGAAAACGAGUACGAGUAUGUGAUGUAUAAAGACCCCUACAGUAGUCAAGAGGACUUCACGAAUCUAAACUUGGAUGAAACUACUAAAUAUUACUCAAAAUUAUCAGGUCCUGAGGUUAGGACAUAUUUCAUUGCUGCAGAGGAGGUCAAAUGGGACUAUGCUGGCUACGGACAAAGGAGGAAAGAAAAGUCCGGAGAAAACAAACGAGAGACCAAAUUCACCAAGGUGGUUUUCCGAGGUUACCUGGAUAGUAGCUUCACCACGCUAGACCGCCGCGGGGAGAUGAAUGAACAUCUGGGCAUCCUUGGGCCCAUUAUCAAGGCAGAGGUUGGACAAAGCAUUAUGGUAGUGUUUAAAAAUAAGGCAGACCGGCCUUACUCUUUGCACCCUAAUGGGGUUUCUUAUACGAAGCAGUUUGAGGGUCUGUCCUAUGAGGACGGCUCCAAGCACUGGUAUAAAUAUGACAACGAGGUGCAGCCCAAUGCAACCUACACAUACAUAUGGAAAACCAGCGAUAUGGUUGAGCCGGCAGCUAACGAGUCUGACUGUCGGACCUGGGCGUACUACUCCGGUGUUAAUCCUGAGAGGGAUAUCCACUCUGGCCUCAUUGGUCCUUUGCUGGUGUGUCGAAAAGGCACUCUAAACAAAACGCCCCUAAACACCCGGGAGUUUGUGCUGCUUUUCAUGACCUUCGAUGAGUCUCAGAGCUGGUACUACGAAAGGAACCGUGAAGUAAUGCUGCGGAAGAAACUAAGAAGAGAAUACUACAGCAAGGAGAAACUCAAGUUCCACUCUAUCAAUGGCAUAAUAUAUAGUCUAAAGGGCCUGAGGAUGUACACCAACCAGCUUGUAAAAUGGCACCUCAUCAACAUGGGUUCCCCUAAAGAUGUCCACAGCGUUUACUUCCACGGGCAGACGUUUACACAUGUGAAGAGCAGGACCUCCAGACAGGCUGUGUUCCCCCUGCUGCCCGGGAGCUUUGACACUCUGGAGAUGUAUCCAUCCAAACCUGGUUUGUGGCAGCUGGAGACGGAAGUCAGCUUAUACCAGAAGGAGGGCAUGCAGACGCUCUUUCUGGUUCUAGAUAACGACUGUUGCCAUCCUCUGGGUCUUGAGUCGGGCAGCGUGAAGGAUGACCGGAUCUCAGCAAGCAACACAAGAGGACCCUGGGAACCCCAUCUUGCCAGACUUAAUAACCAAGGGAAGUACAAUGCAUGGAGCACAGAGAAGAAGGGCAACUGGAUUCAGGUGGACUUCGACAGGCCAGUGGUGAUCAGCCAGGUCGCCACGCAAGGAGCCAGGGAGUUUUUUCAGUCCCAGUAUGCCACAAAUUUCUCCAUCUCAUACAGCAAUGAUGGCCAGAAAUGGUUCUUUUACAAAGGCGACAGCAGAGAUUUCUGCAAGACAUUUCAAGGAAACAAUGACGCCUACGGGAUAAAGAAGAACACCUUCUUUCCUCCUCUGGUCGGACGGUACAUUAGGCUCCACCCUAUCACCUGGGACAACGCAGCAACAAUACGCAUGGAGUUCUAUGGUUGUGAGCUUGAUGGUUGCUCAGUUCCUUUGGGGUUGGAGAGUGGAUUAAUAGAAGAUAGACGCAUCACAGCCAGCUCCGAGGCAUCCAGCUGGUUCAACGGAGACUGGAAAGCCUCUCUUGCUCGCCUCAACAAACAGGGUGCCGUUAAUGCAUGGAGAGCUAAGCAAAGUGACAUGAACCAGUGGCUCCAAGUGGAACUGCCCAACGUGAAGAAGAUCACAGGCAUCGUAACUCAGGGAGCCAAGUCGAUAGGAAAGGAGAUGUACGUCAUGAAGUAUGCUCUGCAGUACAGCGACAACGGGAUACACUGGACCUACUACACAGAUAUUCGUGAUCUAACUGUAAAGGUGUUUGAUGGAAACACAAACAACGCUGAUCACGUGAAGAACUACAUCUAUCCUCCCAUCUUCUCUCGAUUCAUUCGAAUUGUCCCUAAAAGAUGGUGGAACUCCAUCACCAUGAGAGUUGAGAUUCUAGGCUGCGACUUUGAGUGAUUCUUAAAGGUUUUUAAUGAACUACUUCCCAGAAAUAUUAAUCUUAAUGCAAUAAAACUUUUUAGAAUGGAGGUAAAGAUAUUCAGAGUCCUGCAACGUUAACACACCAUUAAGGUUAUCAUUCUGUCUUGUUACGACCACAAACUUUAUCGUAAUUUGUUUGGAUGUCUUAAGAUGUUCAAAGUACCUCGUUUCUUGUAAUUAAAGUUCUGAGUCUUUAGUUGA